GAGAAUCGUGAAGUGAUUUUACCAAAGAAAUCACCAAAAACAAGUUUGAAAGAUAUGCCUUUAAAAGAAAGGAGAAAAACGACCGAUGAAAGGUUAAAAUUGCUCUCUUUGCUUCAUGCCAAUCAUAAAAGUUCAAAUAUUGGUGAUGUGGACUCUGUCAGUGAAAAUUUGCAAGAUUUCGGUGUGGAUGAAAAGGCGAGCACAUCGAAUACUUACACCGAGGAGGCCGCUACAGUAUUGGAUUUGAGAAGUACGAAUGGGGAAAGCUUGGCAGUAAUUUUGAAUCAAGGUUUGACGAGCAGUGAUGCUGAAAAAAUCGAUGCAGUGUUGUUGAAAGCAGAUAUGCAAACGAUAUCAGCAACACUGAAUGAUUUACCAGUCGCACAAGUUAUGCCUUUACUUAAGGAAAUCGAAUACCGUUGCAGAAAUCGCAGACAUUUUGAAAGUUGUUGGAUGCGAUGGUUGCAGUGUGUUUUGUCUAAACAUAUGGCUUAUCUCUGCACGAUUGGUACUUUAAAAGAGGAUUUGUCAUCCUUAUUUAUUUGGUUCAAUAAAAGGGCAUCGAAUAUGAGUGAAUUGUUGCAAGUUAGCGGGAAACUUUCUUUGAUCAAUGAGCAAAUUAGCCGUCGCAUGUGUCCGCAGAUCUUUGUAUCGCAGCAACCAGAUAUUUUUUUUGAAGAUGAUGGUGAUACGUCAGAAACAUCAGAUGAAAUGAAUGAUAUUGACGAUGAAGGAAGUAUUGGAAGUGUAGAAAAGUGGUGGGAUGACGAGGAAGUUGGAUCUGGCGAAAGUCAUUUCUCAUCUGAUGACGAAAAUGGAAGAAGAGAUUCGAAUCUAGGUGAUAAUCAGCACAUAAAUGAUGAUGACGAUGAUGAUGAUGAUGAUGAUGAUGAUGAUGAUGAUAAUAUUGAAGGUAGCAGUAAUGGCAGUGGAAUAGAAAUGGAAUGUUGA